AUGAGUAAUGUUGUAUCUGAUAAAUAUUAUCACGGUUUUCUUGCAAGAAAAGAUAUUGAACCAUUACUUAUUCAUGAUGGUGAUUUUCUAGUGCGCACAGUUUAUUGGAAAGAUGAAUUAAUUUUAUCAUUAGCUGUGUGUACAGAUAAAGGCAUAAAGAAUUUUAUUAUCAAUCAAGAUCAAAAAGGCGAAUUUUAUAUUGAAAAAGUUAAAAAAAGCUCUAUCGAUGAACUCAUUCAAUGGCAUUUAUCAACAAAAACACCAAUUUCAAUUAGCAGUCAGGCAAUUAUUAAGACAGCAAUACCAAGGCCUAAUUGGCUUGUAAAAAAAGAUCAAGUGAAAAUGAUCAAAAAGCUUGGUAAAGGAGCAUUUGGUGAGGUUUAUUUUGCGGAAUAUACAGAUGCAAAUUCAAAUGUACAUCAAUCAGCAGUUAAAACAAUGCAUGCUGAAGCUUCACGUACAGCACGUCUGAGUUUUCUUAAAGAAGCUCGAAUAAUGCGUAAAUUUGAUCAUCCAAAUAUUGUACAUAUUUAUGGAAUUGCUGCAGAUGAAUCACCUUUGUUGAUUCUGAUGGAACUUUGUUCGGGCGGAUCAGCGUUAUCGUAUUUGAGAAAAAAUCGAGGCAUGAUAUUGCCUGAUAUGAAAUUGCGUUUCACUUACGAAAGUGCACGUGGACUAGAAUAUCUUGAGAGUAAAAAGUGUAUUCAUAGAGACAUAGCAGCUCGAAAUUGUUUAUUAACAGCGAAUAAUCACGUCAAAAUUAGUGAUUUUGGAAUGUCUGACGAAAAAACUAUAAUUCAGAAUAGCAGUCUUGACAAAGUCAACCCUUUAUUUUCUGUAUUUUUUUUAGAUUCACAAAUAGUGUAG